CUUUUCUUGGUUCCUUCUUUCUUUCUUUCUUUCUUUCUCGUUAUAGUUGCAGUAAUGGAAAAGGGAGAAUCAUCGACGAUAGCAGAGAACGAAGAUUCCGGCGAAACAACCACAACCCAUCAAACAAUGAUGCCAACCGGUCUGACCCAAGAAGAAUUUGAGGAAUUAAAACCGGUCAUCCACGAAUUCCACACCUACCGUAUUAGCUCCGGCAAAUGUUCAUCUCUUCUGGCUCAACGCAUAUCUGCUCCGGCCGAAACCGUCUGGUCCAUCAUCCGCCGGUUCGAUAAACCACAAGCUUAUAAGCAUUUCAUCAAGAGUUGUUCCAUCAAAGAAGAUUCUCCACCUCCGACCACCGUUGGAUGUCUCAGAGAAGUCAACGUUAUCUCCGGUUUACCGGCAGAGACAAGUACAGAAAGGCUUGAUGUGUUAGAUGAUGAGAGGAAAGUGGUUGGGUUCACCAUCAUCGGUGGGGAGCACAGAUUAAGGAACUACCGGUCGGUGACAUCGGUGAAUGAAUUCAAGAAAGGAGAAAAGAUCUGGACUGUUGUUUUGGAAUCUUAUGUUGUAGAUGUACCGGAAGGGAAUACUGAAGAUGAUACACGGAUGUUUGCUGAUACGGUGGUUAGAUUAAAUUUGCAGAAGUUGGUUCCGGUAACCGAAGGCGGGUUAGGUCGUUCGUGAUCAAGAUCAUAUAGCACGAAUACAGGUGAUGUUAAGAAACCAAGAACCUAA